GCAAAUUGACAAUUACGGUAAACAUCUGAUCCGAAUUGUGCGUCCGUUGUGAUUGUGUUUUUCAAAGUUUGCGUCCUCUUGAUUUCCAAGUGAAUUUUGUGAGACGAAGUAAUUUUAACGGAUCGAAACCAUGUCUAAUCAGCCAGCCAAAGUUAUCAUUAAAGUCGAGUCCGCGGCAGAACAGCAGGUAAGCGCUCAACUUGAACAAAUGGCGUUGGUGGCUAGAACUCCGCAAAAGGAUCACUUGAAGGGAAGCGCCCGAAAGACGUUGAAAGUUCUGCAGAAAGCGGCCACGGACAAGGAAAAUCUCGUGGGCCGACCAGUCGGGAAGGGAAUUUACAAAUCGAAAGCUGACAGUGAAACGGAAUUGACUGAGUUGGCAAAGCGGAAGAAAUUGCGGACACAAGCGACUCAGACAAACCCGGUUCUGACCGCCGAUGGACCAAGUGCGUACAAAGAGCAGCAUGAACUCGUCAUUAAGGACAUUACAGGCACCGAGCCGCCGAGUGAAGCAUACUGGCAGGUAUUGGCGGAGAAACGGCGUGAAGCUCUGCACGAGACUUUGGAGGAGAACCAGCGCUUGCACGAACGCAUCGAUGGACUAGAAGAAGAGCUGGAAACAUCGCGGCAAAUGUUGGACGAGGCCCGGGCCCUGGUGGAAACACUGACGGAGAUGCUAGAGGAAACGGAGGCAGAAAAUGCGGAAACCGCCCCAAUCGACAAGGGGCCGAGCACCAGCCUGAACUCAACGGGCUGCAGUAAAAGGUCAUUGGAAAUGUCCACUUUCGAUGAAGAGGGAUCCGACGAGGACUAGCGCCUGCGAGGACUUGAGUGUUUAAUUUUAAUAUUUAAAAUUUGUUAUGAAUCCGCAUUGCCCAGUAGAUAAUAAGCUCCAAUAGUUGUAAGUGUUCCAUCACAAUUUUUUAAUGCUUUGAUUUGAUAAAAUAAAGUUUUGACUGGCGACAAAGA